AUGAUGGAUGCUAGUGGAGAUACAGCCCUGCACAAGGCCGUGCGGAGCCAACAUCUAGAUGUGGUUAAGCUCUUGGUGACAGAAGAUUCUGAAUUUGAAUUUCCGCAUAACCAUGCACAGAAGACGCCACUCUAUCUGGCGUCUGAAUCUGGUUUUCACGGUGCUUUAAUGAAUAUCUUGAUAUCCUGCAAGAAACCAACUUAUGCUGCAGGUCCAUCUAAUAGAACGCCGCUGCAUGCAGCAGUAAUUCAGGAACAUAAAGGAUUGGGCAUUAGCCCAAUUAUUUGUUCAAUCUAUCUUGACCCGUCCAACUUCAGCCCAACCCGCCCAUUUGUCACUCCUACUCCUCUCUAUUUGCUUACUGCCUCUGGUAACUAUGUGCCUGAAUUAAUAAAUCACCCUAGAGCAAAAAAGAUGUCAUUUAACAAACAAAAUCAGACUCCACUUGAUAUAGUAUUGUCAUGGACAAUGACAACAAAGAAGGAGAAAUUGGUGGAGGAUUUGUGUAGCAUUAGCCGUUUUGAAAAACGUGACUUUGAGGUAAAGCGAAAGUACAAGUACAUGCACAAUCCAAAUGCUGAAAUGGGAACAGGAGUCAAAAUGCAAAUGAGGGAAGUUGAUCACGAUAAAGCUAAAAAGAUAGAUCAAACAGAAGUCGACAGUAUUAUGAAGGCAGCUCAAAUCCAUAUUAUUGUGGCCACUUUGAUAACGACAGUCACUUUUGCUGCUGGUAUCACAUUGCUAGGAGGUUUUGAGAGCGGCUCCGAUAACCCUAAUCAAGGGAUGAUGAUUCUAAUAAGGAAAACAACAUUUCAUGCAUUUGUUGUUUCUGAUGCCAUUGCCUUUACAUUCUCAGCAGUUGCCAUAUUCAUUUACUUCCUCAUGGUAGAUACAAGUAGAGAUCCUCAAAGUAAGAAAAUUAUAAAGAAGCCUUAUGAUCUCACAUGUAUUUUUCAGUGCUUGUCAAUAGUAGUAGUUGUAAUUGCACUUGCAACGGAUAUAUGA